AAACUGGCCAGCUACUGGAUUCGGGCUGUAAAAGGGAAACGACUGGAUCGUCUUCUGGGACUUCAGUGCUUCCUUCAUCUCCACAGGCACUCCCUCCACCUCUAACCUUUCUUUUUAACCGGCCUUUUAGGACCGGAAGUCCUUCAUCUUGAGCGUCCAAUGCUGGAAGCGGCCUUUCUUUACCGGAAACCCUUUUUCAGGACCUAGGAAGACGGCCCACCUAGCCGGAAGUCCCACCUCUUGGAGCUCCCCCACCCUCCCAGAAGUUUUGCUGUCACCGGUGUUUACCUCCUUCUCCUUUCCCCGUUUUAUCCCCAUACUAGGAAAGGAUACAUUUAGUGUCUACCUCCUAGGUCCACUAAACGGGUUGGAUAUCUCAUUCCCCGAGCCGGGGUUCCUUCCCCGUAUCUCCAUGUAGCUGGGAAGUGGAACCUGGGGGUGGUUGGACCCCUAGGAUCCUGGAGGGGCCGAGAGGGCGCAGAACUCUGCUUCUGCUCCUGCUACCAGGACGCGGCCUCAGCCUCUCCCUUCCCGCUGCCAUGCACCUUGCGGCCUUCUCGCUUCCUGUAGUUGUGGCCACUGUGCUGUGGGGAGCGGCCCCCAUCCGGGGUCUCAUUCGAGCGACCUCGGACCACAAUACGAGCAUGGACUUUGCAGACCUCCCAGCUCUCUUUGGGACUGCCUUGAGCCAGGAGGGACUUCAGGGCUUUCUUGUGGAGGCUCACCCAGCCAAUGCCUGCAGUCCCAUUGCCCCACCACCCCCAGCCCCGGUCAAUGGGUCAGUCUUUAUUGCACUGCUUCGAAGAUUCGACUGCAACUUUGACCUCAAGGUCCUGAAUGCUCAGAAGGCUGGGUACGGUGCAGCCGUGGUACACAAUGUGAAUUCCAAUGAACUUCUGAACAUGGUGUGGAAUAGUGAGGAAAUCCAGCAGCAGAUCUGGAUCCCGUCUGUGUUUAUUGGGGAGAGGAGCUCCGAGUACCUGCGUGCCCUCUUUGUCUACGAGAAGGGGGCUCGGGUGCUUCUGGUCCCGGACAGUAGCUUCCCAUUGGGUUAUUACCUCAUCCCUUUCACAGGGAUUGUGGGACUGCUGGUUUUGGCCAUGGGAGCAGUGAUGAUAGUUCGUUGUAUCCAGCACCGGAAACGGCUCCAGCGGAACCGACUGACGAAAGAGCAACUUAAACAGAUUCCAACACAUGACUAUCAGAAGGGAGACCAGUAUGAUGUCUGUGCCAUCUGCCUGGAUGAGUAUGUGGAUGGUGACAAGCUGAGGGUACUCCCCUGUGCACAUGCUUAUCACAGCCGCUGUGUGGACCCCUGGCUCACUCAGACCCGGAAGACCUGCCCCAUUUGCAAGCAGCCUGUCCAUCGAGGUCCUGGGGAUGAGGAGCAGGAGGAAGAAACUCAGGGACAAGAUGGUGAUGAGGAAGGGGAACCAAGGGACCAUCCUGCCUCAGAGCGGACCCCACUUCUGGGCUCUAGCCCUACAACACCCACCUCUUUUGGCUCCCUAGCCCCAGCCCCACUUGUUUUCCCAGAGUCUUCAACAGAUCCCCCACCCUCCUCUCCUUCCUCAGCUGCCAUCCUAGUCUAAUAACCCUUGUCACCCCCACCCUGGUGACCUAUUUUGCACAGCCUUUCUCCUCUAGCCUUCUAUGUGGAAGAAUAGGGGAUAUCCCUACCCUGGGUUUCUCCCUUACCCAACCCCAUCCUUUUGACAGGGUUGGUACAAAGGGACUGGGUCUUCAAUUACUGGGUUAAUAAAACUGUUUUUGUUGACUAA